GAGGGAAAACGAAACUCCAGGCUGCAGAAGGCUGGACACGCUGGCAGAAGCACAGAGAUAGCAUCUCCACAGAAGGAUGGCUUUGGCCAAACCAAGACCUGGAGACCUGAUUGAGAUUUUUCGUCUUGGCUACCAGCACUGGGUCGUCUAUGUGGGAGAUGGCUACGUGGUCCACCUGGCUCCUCCAAGUGAGAUCGCCGGAGCGGGUGCGGCCAGCCUCCUGUCCGCCCUGGCCGACAAGGCCAUAGUGAAGAAGGAGCUGCUGUCUGUGGUGGCGGGGACAGACGGGUACCGUGUCAACAACAAACAUGACGACAAGUACACCCCGCUGCCUCCCAACAAGAUCGUGCAGCGGGCGGAGGAGCGGGUGGGGCAGGAGGUGCUGUACAAGCUGACCAGCGACAACUGCGAGCACUUCGUGAACGAGCUGCGCUACGGAGUCUCCCGCAGCGACCAGGUCACCGAUGCGCUCGUGGCGGUAGGUGUGACCGCGGGCGUCCUGGGAGUGGGCCUGGCCGCCGCGGGCCUCAUCGGGUUCCUGCUGGACAGAAGCAAGCGGGAGGAGCACGAGCAGUGACUGCAAGGAACCGUCCCAACGGCAGCCAGUUGACGAGGAGAAUUCUUGCUGAGCCAGCAGGGGUCGGGUUCGCUUUGUUGCUGUCACUCUCUUUUAUAAUCAUUUCAGCUGAUUUGAAUGGAGCAAAAUAAAAGCACAAGAAGAUUUCAUCUGGGCA